GCAAACUAAUGCUGUUCGUUAGCUACUGGCAACACUAACUUAGCUAGCCAACCAAAAAUAUUUUUGGCGUGAGAACUGAAGGUUCAGUUACUCGUUUCAGAGUUACCUUCACACUGAUUACUUGUAUUUCGUGUAAUCAGUAGCUAAUGACAGUCAGCUAACGUAACUCGUCUUGAGGGGGUAAGAUGCAUGCUAACGUUACAUUUUGCCUUGAACGUUGAAACUGCUGGCGUUAGGCUUUAGGUAUUUUUAUCGUUUUUUUUAACUUGGUAGUGUUGUUUUUACGAUUUUUAAUAUAUUUUUUUUUACCGAAAUGCACAUUAAAUGUGUAAACUAAUUUCGCUAACUUGAUUCUUAUUUCGCCUAUGUUGUGACAACGUUAGCUAACCUUCGGUUUGCCAAAACAAUAUAUAACUGUUAGCUAACGUUAGUUGGGUGAAAUGUCGAGAGCUAGUGUAGGUAACUAAGUGAUUGCAAAGUUAUCACAACUUACUGCGGUGUUAGGAGACCAUGAUGAAUGAAUACAUUAAUGAAUGCGGGGAACCGUCAUCAUCAAUUGACCAGAGCAAAGAGAUAAACAGGACAUAUGUCGUCUCUACGACAAGUACUUAUAACGUUAGUCAGAUCAAUGAUACGCACUCUCGUGAAAGACUUACAUUACAAAGAAGGAAAACAGACAGCAAAGGUACCAAAAGGGGCGAAAAGACUGUCACUGAAAAUCAAGCCGGAGCACAAGAAAAACGACUGACGCUACAACGUAGGACAAGGACUGGCUCAAUAGACAAAUCCAGCGUGGAAACUAGCAGAAGUGUUGACAACUCAUGCAGACAAAAUAACCAGGACUUGCGUCAAUCAAAAAUCUUGUCUGAGCCUAACUGUAGAACCCCACGGGCAACAACUGUCUUGAGAUCGUCCAGCACUAGAUAUGCGUGGUCUAAAGCUGUGACAGACGAAAGAAUUAAUCUUAUUAACGCGCACAAUAAAACGCCCUCGAGGUUUCUGCAGAAAACAGUAAAUGAACCCCCUUUCGGUAAAGCUGAUUCCACGAAAGCAGAAGACAAUGGCAAAGUAUUUUCAACUCCUACAAAAAAGACGCCCUUUGAGAGAAUAAGUACCAGGAAAGAUGUUUUCGAGAGAUUGGCAGGAAGAGACAUCUCUAAAACUGCAAAAGCUAAAUCCGCUAGUUUGGAACGUCAAAGGAACCUCGGGCUGGCAAAUGGAGAAAGUCUUAACAAACCAACUGGACAAGUAUCCAAAAACGUUCCGAUCGGAAGUCAGGGAAGAAACGUGACCUCUAGUCUGCAGUUCACACAGGUGAAAAAGCCCCCCAUAUUAUUCAGUUCAGGUCAGACUGGAGAUGGAACCGGCACAGGGUGCAAAACCCCCAGCAGAACGACUUUUUCGACCGAACUGCUUAACAGAGAGAGUAGCGAACUGAAGAAAGAUUCCCUCAAGAUGGAAAACAGUGCAGUAACAGUGGCGGUACGAGUGCGGCCAUUCAACAGCAGAGAGAAGACUAAGAAUGGCCAACAAGUUAUUUUCAUGGAUAACCAAGAGACCACUGUCCAGCACCCGGACUCCAAGCAGAGCUACACAUUCAACUACGAUUUUUCAUUCUGUUCAAUUGACAAAGCAGACCCAAAUUUUGCGAGCCAAAAGACAGUGUAUGAAAAGUUGGCAAGACCUCUCCUUGAAAGAGCCUUUGAAGGAUUCAAUACUUGCCUAUUUGCGUAUGGGCAGACUGGGUCUGGAAAAUCAUAUACAAUGAUGGGAUUUGGAGAAGAAGCUGGCGUGACGCCAAGGUUCUGUGAGGAGCUAUUUUCCAGAGUGACCGACUCUCAGAAUGAUCAAGUCACAUGUCGCCUGGAAAUGAGCUAUUUUGAAGUUUACAAUGAGAGAAUUCAUGACUUGCUUGUCAUGAGAGAUGAGCAAGGUGAAAAGAAGUUACCGCUGAGGGUCAGGGAACAUCCUGUCUUUGGGCCCUACGUUGCAGAUCUUUCAACGAAUGUGGUGAGCUCAUAUGCUGAUAUCCAGGGCUGGCUGCAGCUCGGAAAUAAACAGCGUGCCACAGCGGCUACUGGUAUGAAUGACAAGAGCUCCAGAUCUCACUCCGUCUUCACCCUUGUCAUGACUCAGACCAAGACUGAGUUUGUGGAGGAGGAAGAGCACGACCACACCAUCACCAGCAGAAUCAACCUGGUGGACCUGGCAGGCAGCGAGCGCUGUUCCUCAGCCCAGACCAGCGAGGACCGGCUGCGGGAAGGGGCCAGCAUCAACAAGUCCUUGCUGACCCUGGGGAAGGUGAUUUCGGCUCUGUCUGAGCAGUGUCAGUCCAGGAAGAAGGUCUUCACCCCAUACAGAGAAUCGGUGCUGACAUGGCUGUUGAAGGAGAGUCUGGGCGGGAACUCCAAGACCGCCAUGAUUGCCACUCUCAGCCCUGCGGCCUGCAGCGUGGAGGAGACGCUCAGCACCCUGCGCUACGCCAGACAAGCCCGUUUGAUCAUCAACAUCGCCAAGGUCAACGAGGACAACAACGCCAAGCUCAUCAGGGAGCUGAAAGCAGAGGUUGAGAAACUGAAAGCGGCACAGAUGAGCGCUAAAGGCGUCGAGCCAGAGAACAUGAGGCUGUUCCAGCAGGAAAUUGCAGCUCUCAAGACACAGUUGACUCAACAGGAAAGGGAAAUGGCUGAAGCACACAGAAAAUGGAAGGAAAAGCUGGAGCAGGCUGAAAAGCGAAAGCGUGAAGAAACCAAAGAAUUACAGAAAGCCGGCAUCACUUUUAAAGUGGAUAACCGGCUUCCCAACCUUGUGAACCUGAACGAGGAUCCUCAGCUGUCCGAGAUGCUGCUGUACAUGAUUAAAGAGGGACAGACCAAGGUCGGCAAACACAAGUCUGAGUCUGCCCAUGACAUCCAGCUGUCUGGGGCCCUCAUCGCUGACGAGCACUGUGUCAUAUGUAACGUAAGUGGUACAGUUAGCAUCACUCCAAUCAAGGAUGCAAAGACCUUUGUGAAUGGAAACCUAGUGUCCGAGCCCACCGUCCUGCACCAUGGCGACCGAGUGAUCCUCGGGGGAGACCACUACUUCAGGUUCAACCACCCGGUGGAGGUGCACAGCGGCAAGCGUGUAUCCUGCUGGACUCAGUCAGGGGACGGACACAAGGACUUUGAGUUUGCCAAGAAUGAGCUGCUGACGGCACAACGAGCACAGCUGGAGGCUGAGAUCGAGGAGGCGCGGGUCAAAGCCAAAGAAGAAAUGAUGCAGGGCAUACAAGUGGCCAAAGCGAUGGCCCAGCAGGAGCUGUCCCAGCAGAAGGCUCUGUACGAAAACAAGAUCAAAGCUCUGGAGCGUGAGCUGGAGGAGGAGACCGAGAGGAAGAAGCUGCAGGAGCAGGACAAGCAGAGGGUGGCCUACAAAAUGGAGGAGCUGCAGAAUGCCAAGAUCCAGCUGGAGCAGGAGGUGCACAUGAAUAAGAAACGCAUCCACAUGGAGACCCAGGCCACCAAACAGGCCAUGGCAGACCAUGACAUACGGCAUGCUAAGAUCUUAGAAGCCUUGGAAGAAGAGAAAAGGAAGAUCGCUGAAGAUCUUGAGAGGAUGCAGAAAAGAAUUGCACUAAAAGAAGUUCCUGCCCAUAGAAGUGUUUUAGCUCCAGCACAGUGGGAUGCCAUGAAGUUGUCUGUGAUGAUCGAAGAGGCCAACGCAAUAAGCAAAAAACUCGGGAAGAAGACCAUGUUCAGCAGGCAUGAGUUGUCAGAUAAGAACAGACCAGAUGGGGAGGAGGAGCUACAGGUGCAAGUCCAGAACACAAAGCUUGGCAUCUCCACCUUUUGGAGCUUGGAGAAGUUCCAAAGCAACCUGGCGGCCAUGAGAGAACUGGAGCAGGGCGAUGGUGCGUCUAAAGAUGACGAUGUGUUUUAUGACCCGAACGAUGAGUGGGAACCGGAUCUGUCAGCUUCUUCCUCCUCCUCAUCGUUUUCACGCCGGAGGAGCAGAAGCCUGUUGAAGAGCAGGAGGAUUUCGGGGCGUCUGUACGAAAUCAGAGUGCACCCCAUUCAGAGCCUUCACACCUCACAGCACUCUGGGCUGAUGGGAGUGAAUAAGCCUCCGUCCCUGCACCCGAGCGUGUCCAGCUCGGCCCUCCCCGGGAUCUGUAAGGACCUGAUCGGCUCAGCUCUGGCCCGGCUGCGGGGGAGCCUGGGGGGGGAGGAGAGCGCGGCCGACAGGCUGGUCUGGGACCUCCUCUCCGUACACGCCGCGGUCACGUCCAUCUCCGGCACCUACGACGGCCUCGACGACGACAGCCAGGAGAACCUGUUUGUGUGUAAUGAAGAGGCUCAGGCUCAGCUGGUGAAGGCCACGUCAGCCAUAGAGAGAGCCGUGUUCAUCACCCUGCAGUGGAUCAGCAGCCUCAAGCCUAGCUCCGGCGCCAUCUUCCACACUGCUGAGGCGCUCAAGAGAGAAGUCAAGAAACUGGGAGGCUACUUCCAGCUUCUCAUUCAGGGCUGCGAUUCAGAAAUCUCCUCCAUGGUAACGGAGGCUCAGAGCAAGAUCAGCCAGUGCCUGGACGUGGCAGUUCGACUCAUCAGCCAGCUUUCAGCCGUGACGGGAACAGAGCUCCACUUAACAGAAGUGGGCCCGGAGGCUGCUGGCAAGCGCUCCAUAGCGGCAGCCCUGUACGAGGGAGCCUGCAAAGGCGUGCAGGUCCUUUUGGAGGACGUGCUCAGUCAGGCCAUGGAGCUGCAGAGGGAGGCUCAACUCACGUUCCCCAGGACUGAGGUAUUGCAGAGCCUGAAGAAGAAAUCUUUGGAUGUAGCCUCUUCCCUUCACAGCUACGCCUCUUGCAAUCAAACGCAAAGAGACCGGUCCUCGGAGGGGACGGAAGAGGACGCUGAUCCCUCGCACCUGCGGACAGUGAGAAACACGGCCGCCCAGCUGUUGCUGCUCAGCCUGGCGGUCAGACAGCUUCGCUCCGCUCUCACACGGACCCUGAGAGAUAAAGACAAGGACUUCGGCAGAAGCAGAGACACAAUCUGCUCAUCCUGCAAGACGAUUGACGACAUCAUCAGCGGCCUCCCAAAACUUGAGGGAAACGUGCGGGCGCCCCGCCUUCAGCUGCCCUGUCUGAAAAGCGUGAUGGGGGCCAGAGACGACGUGCAUUCCGCUCUGUGCUCCCUGUCCUCCAUGUUUGAUAGGAUCUGUGCUAAAAAGAGCGAGGUUUCUGCUCUAGAGAGCAGUGUGGGGUCAGCUGAGGAGGAAAGGGGCUCAGACAGCGAGAAUGCACCAUGCAACAGCAGGAGGGAUAGGACCGCUCCAAAAAUUGUGUAUACUCUUUCGUCCAGUGCAACCGUUUCUCCCGCAGAUAUACGGUGGGUGUAGCACUGCUUUCAAUACAGGCCUCAACUUGGUUUUGAUGCUUGAAGAGCGAGAGAGAGGAUGAAGCUCUGAAAUGUAUAGUCACAAAUUCGGCAAGCAGGAAUUCGUCUUGUUUAUAUCAUCAGUCACGGUUACUGCCAGCUGUGCAGCAUUUAUUUCAUUUUCUAAUUCCAUAAUUGGUAGGUUUAUUUUCGUUUUAGUGUUCCUGAGAGAAGGAUAGGAUUUCUAAAAUUGUGUUACGUCGUUUUGGCAGAUGGGUAAGUCGGGUAACUGGUACAUAUUUACACCCCCAUCUCUUUGUUUUAAACAUGUCGAUUUAAAAUGUGUUAAGUACAGACUUUGCUAUCCAUUGGGAAAGAAAUGUGGAAAUUCUUUAGAUCGCUCUACUUCGAGAUAGUAAAUCAUAACUUAUUCAGGAACUAUUAUAUGUAUAUUUGCAUUAUCUUUUUUGCACUCAACCUUUGCACUCAGGACUAUUGUGUAUUCCAAAUUAAUCAACAAAUUAAUUCAACAUUAAUGCCUUUUCAAUUUCAGGUGGAAUAUAAUGUCACAAAAUCAUGUAGCAUGUAAUCACAUGACAGUGAUCACAAUAAACGCGCACGUUUAAUCAAA